AUGAGGAUUCUUUCACUUCUUUCUAUAAGUGCCCUGAUUUCUCUCGGGGCAGCACUGGGCGACUAUGAACCGUUUGAAUACAAGAAUCAAUUCGAACUUCCAGGUGGCCAAUCCAAUGCAUCAAUCGACGAGCCGGUCAGGACACCCUUAAAGUUUAGAAACUUCUAUUCCGACUUCAAAGUAAGGCUGGAGGACAUCUCGACAACAGUAUGUAACCUGAGCUUGUCCGCCUAUGAUGGCAACCGAGCCGCCCGCGAGACUUUAGGGCCUGUGAGGAACUACUGCUGGACGCACGCCAAUUGUAUACUAGCGACGUUGGACGAAAGAACGAAGGCUUCGUUCGCGGGAACAACUAUCCUCCUUGGCCUGGCGCCAACGACAUUAUCGGUCUUGGGACCAUCGGUUGCAGAGAUGGCGUUGCUCUCGAUUCAUCGGCCGUUCAUUACGCUACUCGUAUCUCUCGGGGCACCUGCGGUUUUCCCUGGCCGAUUCUUGCAGUGGGAGGAUCCUCUUCGAGCCAAUGAACCUGCUGUUGGGGCAUUCCUCGUCCGACCUUUGCGGUCACCGUGGAAAUGGAUUAUUUUGUUCCUUCAGUAUGGCUUUGCAGCAGGCGCCGUUACCAAUGUCUUCCAUGCGGCGUGGAGGAUCGGCACACGUAGUAUCAUCUCUUGGGCAUGUCCUACAAAUUAUUGGCCGGUGAUGUGGGUUCUUAUGUCGUUGCUCAUCCAUUUCUGUGCUAUUCUCUCCUUAAGAACCGCCAUUACCAAAAAAACAGAAUUUGGCCAACCAAGAAAUGUGGAAGUCGAACUCCCACAAUCAGUCGAUGAGAAUGGACAACCGAUUAAAAAAAGGAGUUUCCCCGGAGCAUGGAUCUUUUUGAGCGAAUUCACUCUCUCGGCGAAUAGUGAAUGGCAAGUUAGCGAUCUUUACAACAUUCAACUCGGGCCGUUCCCCGUAAUGUUGCAGUAUCUCGGUGCAUUCUUGUCCGUGUUAUACUUAGUCUUCGGAACAUUGAUUUUUUCGAGUUUGUUGUUUAUUGGGCUUUCGGAGGCCGUUCAAUUGAUUAUGAGACUUAUUGCGAGCGCUGCAAUUUGUCGAAUUUUGGUACAGUUUGAAGUCGGUGGUAUGAUUCAAGUUGAUGAGAGGAGGGUUUAUAAAGGGUUUGUGCAGGCGCCACUCGAGGGAUCUGGAAAGGAAGAGUGA